AUUACAGUAUGGGAAUAUUAUACCACAUUAGAUUUACCAUAUUUUGGCGUAUGUUAUGUUUAGUAUUAUACGAGCAUUUUUCAAAUUUCAUGGGUUGGCGCCGACGGGUGACCAGUGCUAAAAAACUUAACGGACAGGUAGUUGUAGUGACCGGCGGUAACGCUGGCAUUGGUAAAGAAACUGCAUAUCAGCUCACUUUACGAGGGGCUAAGGUAUACAUCGGGUGUCGGGACCAGAAGAAAGGCAAAGCAGCCGUUGAAAACAUCUUAGCGUUGAAUCCAAAGGCAGACAUAAAACUACUUUUGCUGGACUUGUCUUCACUCAAAUCUGUCCGCAAAUGUGUGGAAGAGUUGUCGGGUUUGGAGACAAAAGUCGAUAUACUUAUCAAUAACGCAGGAGUUAUGGGUUGUUCGGAAUGGAAAACCGAGGACGGCUUUGAAAUGCAGUUUGGUACUAAUCAUCUAGCACCGGCGGGUCGUAUAGUGACCGUGUCGUCAGCCCUGCAUAUGUGUAGCCCAAUCCACCUUGAUAAUGUAAACCUACGAAAUGGUACAUACAAUAACUUUUUUGCGUACGCUCAGAGCAAACUCGCAAAUGUGUUGUUCAGCCGUGAAUUGGCCAAAAGGCUCCGCCACUCAAACAUCAACACAUAUUCACUGCAUCCGGGAGUCAUUAACACAGAACUGGACAGACAUGUUGGGGCACCCGAUGCGGCCAACCCGACCGACAGGGGUUGGUUUCGGCGCAACUUUUGCAUUUCGCCACUACUCGGCUCUCAGACCACACUCUACUGCGCUCUCGACGAUGAAGUCGCAGAUCAGACGGGAUAUUAUUACGACAACUGUCGUCGUGUGGAUCAUAUGAUACCCGAAGCCAAUGACGACAAGACUGCCAAAAGUCUGUGGGAAUUGAGCUGUGAUUUAGUUAAACUCGAAGAGCAUCUCAGAAUUUGA